AGAGAUAAAACCCAGCCCAAAACCUAAAACCCUGAAAAUUCUCAGUUCAAAGAAAUACAAGAGCAAGAAGAACAAUGAAAUAAAGGGAAAGCAGACAGCGAGAGAGAGGGAGAGACAUCUUUUAACAGAGUAAAUGUUUGCUGCGAGGAACUUUAACAGGCACUGCUUUAGGACGCUCUCUUCUCUCUUAUCCAAAUCUUGCAGAAAUGCCGUGUUAGUAAAGGAUGUAGGUCGAAAGCUCGCUUGUAUCAACCUGAUGCAACCAAAUAUUAUUUCUGAAGAUGGGUUUCCUUCAUUUUCCCUAUUGAAUCAUCCCUUCAAUACUGGGGGUUGCCGCGGCAUGUCUACUUCGAAAGGAAGGAGCAUGAGAAGCAGGGUGGAGAGGCGGAUGCAAAAAGAAUCUGGUAAAACAGUUAGAGAGAUUCGGAGAGCAAAAAAAUUGAAGAAGAAAUUGAUGACUGAUGAGGAGAGGCUCAUUUACAACCUUAAGAGAGCUAAGAAGAAAGUUGCAUUGCUCCUACAAAAGCUCAAGAAAUAUGAGUUACCAGAGCUGGCACCCCCUGUACAUGACCCUGAGCUGUUGACACCAGAGCAGCUUCAGGCAUAUAAGAAGAUUGGAUUCAAGAAUAAAAAUUAUGUUCCUGUCGGUGUUCGUGGAGUGUUUGGAGGUGUUGUCCAGAAUAUGCAUCUUCAUUGGAAGUUUCAUGAGACUGUGCAAGUAUGCUGUGACAACUUCCCAAAAGAAAAAAUAAAAGAAAUGGCCACCAUGCUAGCAAGACUGAGUGGAGGCAUUGUAAUAAACAUUCAUAAUGUGAAGACAAUUAUCAUGUUCCGUGGCAGAAAUUAUCGCCAACCAAAAAUUUUGAUACCUAUUAACACACUCACAAAAAGGAAGGCAUUAUUUAAAGCCAGAUUUGAGCAAGCUCUUGAAUCACAGAAGUUAAACAUCAAGAAAAUAGAGCAGCAGCUCCGUCGAAUGGGUAUAAACCCAGAGGAUCCAGUUGCCAUGGCUAGCAUCCAGAGAGUGGCUUCCACAUUCUUCAAUGCUAUUGACAAGAAGGAAGGAAGUCCUUAUGUCUUUCAAGGGGACCAACAGCCAGUAGUGCAUCUGAUUGAUAAUUUGGAACAUCCAGAACCCCUUGCUGAUAGUGACCAGGAGGACUUGGACAAGUUUAUAGCUGAAAUAGAGGAUGCAGCAGAUAGAGAGUGGGCUGCAGAGGAAGCUGCAGAGAAAGAAGAAUUGAGCAAGAUUAGGUAUUGGAAUAAAGAAGAUUUUGGUGGAAGGAUUAGAAGAUCAGAAAUGCAUAGAAAUGAAGUUUCUGAUGGAAGGCGCUGGAAGGGUGUGCAUGAGAAGAAGAGUGCUGAUAGAGAUGAUGAUAGUGACAUGUCUGAGGACAAUGGUCAGUGGGAUUCUGAUGAUGUUGGUGAUGAUCUUGGGAGUGAUGCUGAUGAUUCCAAUGAAGCUCACCGUGUUCACAGUAGAACUAGAGAUUUUCACAGGAAACUCGAUGGGGUUGGUAAAGUCUAUAAUUUUAAGGGUUCCAGAAGAAAUGCAGGGGCUAAAUUUGAAGAAAAAUUAGUUGAAGAAUGUUCUGAAUCGGAGAAUAUGUUAAGUGACCUUGACAAUGCAAUAAUGCACGAAUCAGAUUCUGAGGAAGAACGCGAAUUGAGAGAAUCAAGAGAAGAGGCAAGCCACAGCUUUCAGAGCAAGGGACAUAAAUCAGAAGAUAUGUUGAGUGAUCUUGACAAUGCAAUGUGGGAAUCAAAUUCUGAGCAAGAAGAACAUGACUUUAGAGCAUCAAGCACAGAAGCAAGUCACAAUUUCCAGAGCAGCAGUGAUGAAGAAAAGGAUAUUUAUGUUUAUCCCAUGAUCAGAAAUGAGACUGGGGUGGAUGAUCUUGAGAAUGAUACCAAUGAAAAUGGUGAGGUGCUCAAUGAAUUAAAAGCAUCUAAAAUUCCUGGGAGGAAAUUGGAAAGGAUUAGCUCUUUCAGGACAAAUGCUAAAGAUAAUUCUAUGAGAAAGAUGGCGUGGGAAGAUUCUGGAUCUGAAGAUUCGUUUAACAAUUCAGAAGUUGCUGUGUGGGAAUCAGAUACUGAAGAAGAAGACUUCAGAGCAGGCAAUGAAGGGAAACAUAGUUAUGUGGCCAGAGAUGAAAAUGAGGAUUUUCGCCAGAAGCAGGUAGUGAAUCAUAAAAAGACAUCAAAAGAGGUGGAUGAGAAUUGGGACAGUGAAUAGCUCUGUACUUUGGGGAGUCACAUUUCUUCCAUGUCAAGCCACUCAAGAUGAGUAAAUUAAUCCAUUUUUUUUUUAAUAAUUGAAAGCAGAGUCUAUUUCACUUGAACUUCCCAAUGUCUUGAGAUUUUUGCAUACUUGCAUCUUUUAGGGAAGAAAGCAAUACAGAAGGUGCAGUAGCCUGUGAAAAAAAAAAAAGAAAAGCAAAAAAUGAAGAGCUUCUGAGCAUUCAAUUGUCCCGUUUCUUGUAGCAUCUUUAACAAUUUUGUUACGCUGAAAUCAUUGAAUCCUGUGUUCCCAUCUACAUUGAAGGAUGAAAUGGUUAUUAUUUCA